CCCCAUUCGUGUCGUGGUUGAUGCCGUAUCGAAGGGUGCUCCGCGUGAGGAUUCGACCCGUGUGGGCUCCGGUGGUGUGGUGCGUCGCCAGGCUGUGGACGUGUCGCCGAUGCGUCGCGUGGACGAGGCCAUCUACCAGAUGUGUAAAGGUGCCCGCAAUGCAGCCUUCCGCAACCUCAAGACCCUCCCUGAGUGCCUCGCUGAUGAGAUUGUGAACGCUUCGAAGGGUAGCUCAAACUCGUAUGCCAUCAAGAAGAAGGAUGAGGUGGAGCGUGUGGCCAAGGGUAACCGAUAA